AUGGAAGACAUCCUAUCUCGAGCCUGGGCGCAUGUCAAAUGGGAGGAAGACGUCGCCAGCCGUGCCAAGGCACAGCAAAAGCAAGAUCCAAAGGCGAUCAGACCAGACCGAACCGAGCGAGAUGAGAAACCCUCUCCAAGAUCAGCUAGGGACUCCGGAAAUCGAAACCGGGGCAGAUACCAGAACCGGCCAAUCGAGAAGGCAGAAGGGAUAGCAGUGUCCACGUGGCCAGACAUAUCUCACCUCUUCGUCUCGAGGCCGGAGCUUAUCAAUAUUCUGAGGCAGAUGGGCCAGCAGGUCAAGUGGCCUCAGAAGAUGAAAGCCCCCGACUCUUUCUGGAACACUGGCUUCAGGUAUGACUUCCACCGAGACCACGGUCACAAAACGGAGGACUGCGUCGCACUAAAGAUCAAAGUCAACGAGCUGCUAAGGAAAGGUCACCUCAGGGUGUUCCUUUCCGAGAAGGCCAAGAGCUAUCUAAGCAAGGAGACAAUGGGACCGAGUGAUCCAUGUCAUCUCGGGCUGUUAGGAAAUCAGCGGCAUAAGCCAUGCAGCCGCGAAGAGAAGCACCUGGAAUGCCAAGCACGGCCUAGAAGCAGCCAAGCCAACACGCCUGCUCCUAGGGACGGACGAAAUAAGUUUCACAGCCUAGGAGCAGGAAAAAGUCCUCACUCCUCAUCACGACGCCCUGGUCAUCUCGCUCACUUUAGCAAACUGCCUGGUAAAAAGGAUGGUUUCAGCGGGGAAGUCAAGCAAACCGCUGGGGAGAUAACCCUCCCCGUAUACGCCGAAGGAGUCAACAUGUCAACCAAAUUCCUCGUGGUUGAUUGCGAUUCGUCCUACAACAUGAUCUUAGGACGGCCCUGGAUCCACGGAAUGGGAGCCGUCCCCUCAAAUCUUCACCAAAUGGUGAAGUUCCCUACGCCCUGGGGCAUAAAGGCGAUCAGAGGGGAUCAAGAAUAUUCCCGCUCCUGCUAUCAGACCACUCUGAAGGGAAAGACCAAGGUCUUAUAG